GUCGUCCAUUGUAAGUUGUUUUGCCUUCCCACCACGCCACUUCUCCUCACUCGAUUCCCAUGCUCCACGGGCGGCGUUGCAUACACACACACACACACACACGCUGACCGGAGCGCCUCUUUACCCGAAGAAGAGGAAGGAGAAGGGAAAAACAACUAGAAGAGGGAGUGAGAGCGAAUCGGAGAACGUGAAAAGAAUAACCACACUCUUCACAAAGCGUUGUUGAUGGGGAGAGAAGAGACUCCAGCAACCUCCCCCUACCAAACCUAUCGUUUAUUAAAAAAAUAUUUCCAUUGCUUGCUUUUCUGCUGUAAGAACGGCGUACAUACGUGCGUGUGUGUGUGUAUGCUGCCACUGGUUCCGCCACGUUGCAGCUCUGUAAUUCGAUAACCGCCACGACCAACGAACACAACAAGAACAGACAACGCUUUUCUGACGUCUCACGUAUUACUGCUGCUUUUACUCUCCCCCUCUCCCCUCCCCCUCCCCGCUGCUGCGAAACGGCGGUACGAGGCGCUGUGCUCUUCUUGCCGGCUUCGUGUGUUUCCGCUUCUGCGCCUUUUAGAUUAGCGCCGCUGCGCCGUCGCACACCUCCUCCGGCUCUGGCGUUUUUGAUUUUGGUGCUGCUUCUUCUUAUUUCUCUUUCCAUUCUACAUCAACUUUGGUGCUCGAUCCCUUUUCGGGUUUUCUGUUUUCCAACUUCCACCGCCAACGCAGUGGUGCUGCACGUGCGCGCGGGGACUGUUUCUCCUUGUCACCUGCACGUUCUCUUGCAUCAACGCACAGCGCCGUUUCUUAUUCAGUCCUGCUGUGUGUACUCUGACCUCCCUCGCAGCUUCUCCCCUCUUCCGCUUUCCCCUGUACACCCCCACACACAUACAGGCACAGAGGAGGAAGGAGGCACAGCGCGUGCGCGUUGACACGUGCGAUUGAUUUUAGUAUUGUUACUUUCUUUUGCAUCUCUUUGACGGUGAAUCCCGCUUGUUUGGAAAGACGAAGAAAGGGGAGGUAGAGAGAGGCUGCCUGAGCGAGUUGCAUGCACCGGGGUGAUUAUACACAUUUCGGUGAAGGGCACAACGCCCAGUCGUUUUGCAGGAGAGCUCUAGUCGAUAUACUGAUAUGAACCCGCCAUCGUUCUUCUCCUUCCUCACUCGUCACGAUGCGGGGGGCGCGCCGCAAGGGCCGGCGACACCGUCAGCGAAUACCGGUGCUACCGCCACGCCGGUUAUUGCGAACUCCACGAAGGCGGCCGAAAGCUUCAGCAGUGGGAGAAGUGGCAACACGGAGCCGGACACGGCAGCCCACUUCUCGUUGCCGCAGCAACGCGUUCGUGCUGCAGGAUCAGUGGAUCCGCCUGGUGGCACAGCAGGGAGCUCCAGCGAUCGGCCCAACGUGCUGAGGGAGUGGUGUGGCAUUUUGUAUUACUCCUGCCGCGAUCUAACGCAGAUGUGUUGCCGCAAGGUACGCAACGCCACGGCGGCCGGGCUGAAGGGAGCAGCCUUCGAGGAGGAGGACUGGCAUUUCUUCUCGGACCACCCGAUGCACGAGGGCCCCUGUGGUCCAUUUGCGAGGUGCUACAGGUUCUACACUUCGCUAGCGACGACGCGGACAUGUGCGUGGAUGCUGCCUGGUGUGCGCGACGCCCCGAUUGUCGUGCACCUCGCUGCGCUCUUCGUCGGCCUGGAGGCGGUGCAGGCAGCGUCGUUUUACAUCCGCUACCGACGUGCGCUGCGCACGAUUGACGUGACCUUAGCAGAGGAUGAUGAUGAUGAUGAUGCAGAGGCAGCAGAGGCGGAGGCGGCCAUGGAGGAGGAGACGGACAACGAACACGCGGAGGGGGAGGACGGCGGCGAUCACGCGGGCCGCAACAACGAGGGCUCCGCCGUGGCUGUGCGUGGUGCGGCCGAGUUGAGCGCCACCCGCACCGCACGCGCACGGCUCCCACGCGGGUCGUCGCGGGCGAUGCGCCGACUGUGCCGCUACUGGGCGCAGAUCGAGAAGGCGGUGCUACGCGCGCCGCGGAAACCUGCCGGGGUGCCGACGACGGCGACCGAGCUGUGCAGCUCCCUCGGCUCCGACGACUUCGGCGCGGAAGGCGGCGGCGGCGGCGGAAGCGCAGGAGGCCACAACGGGAGCGGGAGCGGAGGGGAGGGCGCGACGGAGGAGGCGUCCACCGGUGCGACGUCAGACGGUGCGAAGAAGCGCUUCACCGCCGACGGCGUCCCGCACGGCGCGGAGAAGGUGCUGGUGCUGUCGGAUGAGCACACCUUCCCGGUGAUACACCGUAGCUACGACACGAUAGGUGGUGUGCCGACUCCGGCAUCUGCCGCGCUCAACGUGGACGAAAUCGCGCAGGUGUGGCGCGUCUUGCACUGCCUGUGGGCCGACACUGUGCGGUACUCGGUGAACUACACCGAGGCUCGACAGCUGCUGCUGAGCUGCAGCGUGGCGGAGGUAGCAAAGCUCUUCGACGAGGAUGACGCCCGCACCGGCGAUGCCGUUUUGCUCAACUUGUGGGCCAGCGUGAGCCGCCCAAGCCGGCCGCCGUCGACGGAGGCGCUGUUGUCGUCGAGUGCGGCGGAGGCGGCGGUGCAGGUCGACUCCCCGCUGCACCACCCGGCCGGCGACUCGUUCUCCUCGCACGGUGCUGCGAGCCCGAAUUCGGCGGCGGCGUCGCCCCGGCCCGUCGACGGCCGUGUCUGUGUCGCCUGCAUGUCCCUCACGUGGUACCUCUCCGUCAUCCGCGAGGUGUACGAGGCGGUCGUCGUUCACCAAGAUGUGCAUCGCUGCGCAGAGGCGUUGGAGGAGCUGGAGGAGUACCAGCGCGCGGUUUAUCAGCGCGGUGUGGAGGCGGGCGCGGACUUCUUUGAGGCGGCGCUGCGGUACGCGCAGUCUCACUCAGGAGAACCCGACGCCAAUGAUGAUAGUACUACUACUACUACUACUACUACUGCAGCCACUGCAAAUGAUCGCCGUCGUGGCGGUGCUCUGGAGGAGGGCAGCAGCUCCUCUGCGCGACGGACGAUGCUGCUACCGCAGGUGGUCAUCGAAGGAGAUGCUGCACACGGCGUCAGCGUGCAGCCCCCUGUGGUUCUACUCCCCCCAUCGUUACCCGUGCCGUGGGUCCACGAUGCCACGCAACAGCACCGACAACAGCCUCAACCUUCUCGGCUGCCCACCUCCAACCCCCUGGCCUCUGACUUCCCAUCGACCCGAAGCUUGCCGCUGCCUCCGCACCGCGAUUCGAGCCCGCACGUUGUGACGCUGCGCGGCGCCUCUCCGCGGGCGUGCUGGGCGGAGUUGACGGCCGCCUUAGCCGCGUUGCUGCGUCGUCGUCGGCUGAUGGAGCUUGCCUGUGUGCGCAGCCUGUUCUACUACAUUUACACCGGCAGCGCCGCGAAGAUUGUGUCCUUCUCCAUUCUGGCGCUGCUGACGGGCUUGUCGUCGCGUAUCUCCGCCCUGGGGCAGGCGGCGCGGGAGGGGAUCAGCAGCAACUUGGAUGCGUACUAUCGCACCGCGGUGCGGCACCAUGGCCGUGGCGAGGGGAGCGGCGACAACGGCGGCGGUGACGACGGUGCCCCGGUUGGCACACGCCUUCUCGCGCUCUUCGCCUUUGAGUGCGCGCGUCUCGCGGUGAACACUGUCUUGGCAAAGACGACGAGCGAGUACAUCGCGCUGUCUGCCUCGCAGCGCCGCAACACCGUAAAGGCGGAGCUGUACGAGGCGUUGACCCGCAUGCCCCUCGCCUUUUUCGAUCUGCACUCCUACGAUGAGGUGGAGCAGAUUGUGUACUACGUCAACGACAUCGAGGGGGUGGAGGUGCACGUGCACAACUACCUGUGCAGCCUCAGCACGUCGCUUUUCGCGAUGCAGCACGCACUGCGGCAACUGCCUCUCCGUGCGCGUGUUCUUGUCGGCCUGACGGUGGCCGCCGCGCUGGGCGUGAAGUAUGUGGGGCGGAAGGUGACGCACUGGACGCAGGCGGAGCAGCGCGCGGGCGGUGUUCUUCCACCGUGGCUGCGUGGGCACGGCCUCGACGGCACCGUGUCGGCGACGGCGGAACUGGACGCGCAGGUGGAGGAGAACACGGAGAGCAACGCACGGCAGGGCGGCGUCAUGCUGCGUGGGCUCGACAUUGUCGCCGUCCUGCCUCAGCUGCGCCCAUACGGGGCUGAUCUGAGUCUCAUGCGGUGGUGGACAGCCCACACCCGCUCGUGCGGUGCCGCGUUUGGCGCGACGGAAGCCACGACGCUCGCCGAGGGUUUGAUGGUGCUGCCCCGCCAGCUGUACGGCAAGCUUCUGCCGGCACUUGGGGGUGCGAUCAUGACCUUCGCGGACUGGGUGCUGCCGGCCGUCGUCGCCAGCUACGGCGCCUCCAUGGCGCUGUCGAGCGUCGACGCGUUGAGUCUGUCGAACCGGCUGAUGGAGGCGAUGCAGUGCGUGCGGGACAUGGUGCACACCGUCGUCGACGCACGUCGGGUGGCGGGGGUGGUGCUGGUGAACGCGUACAAGGCGAAUGUGCUGGAGAAGGUUCUGAAUCAGCGCCGGUGGGAGCCGACCACGAUGGACUUUAAGGACUACGCGUACGACGUCGACGAGCGGCAGCGCCUCGACAAAGGAAGAGGUGGAGACGCGGCGUCUGGACGUGCGCACGACGUCGCGGCUGAAGGUCCGCCCUUCCGUAGCGGAAGAGGAAGCAGAGGAGGGAGACAUGUGGGCUCCUUGUCGCAGCAGCAGCAGCGGCAGCAGUUGGCCCUGGCCAAGUCGUUGCGUCGCGCCUCUGCCAGCCGCCCACCUUUCAGGGCCGCCCGACUCGGGAAGCGGCUUUCGUACGGCGUGGCCUGGCUCGUGGCGCACGCGCCGCCUUUCUUGAUGCUGCAGGGCGCCAUGUACGUCAUACGCGGUGGGCUGCGCUGGGUGGGACUCGUUGGCCCGACCGCACGCGGCCCGUCGGCGCUGGCAGGGACCGGCAUCGACAGAAAGGCGCAGCUCCGUUGGCUGCGCUGCGGCCGCCUCCGUCACCGUCGACAUCGCCAUCUGCAGCACCCACCGAGGCAGCAGCCGGUGUCAUCGCCGGAGGACGAAGAAGGCGCCGGGAUCGGGCAGCGGCACACCUCCACCGGCGGCAGUGUGAGCGACGGCAACGGCACGGAGGCGUACGACAGCGACGCCCCUUUCCGCGGCGGCCGGAGCGACGUGUCGGCGCCCGCGUCCCCUGCCGCCUCCCUCAACGCGUCGUCUUCAUCUUUUACUUCUUCCGCAUCGGACAGCGAUGAAGGGGAUGUGGAGAGUGAUCUGGACAGCGAGGCGGCUGCGUUGGCCAGUGCCACCGUGUAUGCUGUCACAGUGCAGAACCUUCAAUUCUACUACCCGACCGCGCCCACCGUGCCGGUGUUCCCCAGACCCGUCACGUGCACCUUCACCCUCCAAAGCGCAGAAGAAGGUCCCUCUUCUUCCGUCUCCUCUUCCUCGGUGACUUCACCAAACUCGCCGUCCGCGUCGUCGUCGUCGUCGGCGCCACAAAGGGAGCAGCUGCGGGGACGGCUGGUGUGUCUUGUCGGCCCUAGUGGACACGGCAAGUCGACGCUCCUCAGCCUCCUGCUGGGCAUGUACACGCACUACGGCUCACCCAGCCAACGCGGUGGUGGGGACCGCGAUGAUGGCAGUGAUGGUGGCCGCAACGGCGCCGUGACUCCUUCCCCGCCUGCGGACGGGACUGGAGAGAGGAAAAGCGAAGCGCUGUUGAGCUCCAGCAGCGAUGGAGGCAGCACCGCCAGCUUUGGCUCACCGCGGCUGGCGGACACGGCUGCACCGUCCUUCCUCCCGCCGGAUAUCCUCCUCACCCUCCGCUUGCCGUACACCUCGCACCGCCACAGCCACCGCAAGAGCCGCAACCGCAGCAGUGGGCGCGGCGCCUCCUCGGCCGACAUCGACUGCGCGGAGGAGCAGCUGCCCGUCUCUGCCAUUCCGCGAGAUAUCCUGCGCGGCAAUUUGUUUAGCUUUGUGCCGCAGAGCCCCGUCAUCUUCACCGGGGCGACCAUCGCACACAACAUCAGCCUCGAGAACUUCGUCUCGCUGGAGCAGGAGGACGUGCUGGCGGAGAUCGGGCAGUGCGCAGCGUGGGCUCACUGCGAGUACAUCGAGCGGUUCCCCCAGGGCCUCAUGACGUACGUGGCCGACAGCGGCACUGCGGGGUGGUCGUCGCCAUUGGCGUCCGCGGCAGCGGGCGGCGGUGGUGCCGGCGGUGGAGGGGGGAUGGUGCGGCUCAGCGGCGGCCAGGCGCAGCGGCUCAUGAUGGCACGCGCGCUCUUCCACGGUCGUCGCGGCGGCACGGUGCUCGUCAUGGAUGAGCCGACCGCCAGCUUGGAUCGCGAGGUGAAGCUGGAGAUUCUGGCGGAGUGGCGGGAGCUGCUCGCGAAGGGGAUUGUGCGCGGCAUGAUUUGUGCGACGCACGACGCCGACCUCAUCAACGUUGCGGACGAGGUGGUGCGGCUGCCGUAG